AUGGCACCACAAGAUCUUAGAGUCGCCAUUCUAGGCGCUGGAAUGGGCGGCCUCACGUCGGCCCUCGCUCUCGCGGAAAAGGGGUUCAAGCACAUCGACAUCUACGAGACAGCUUCAGAUCUGGGCUUUGUAGGCGCCGGCAUCCAGCUCGCACCGAAUAUGGCUCGGGUGCUGGACAAGCUCGGUGUCUGGAAGGCAAUCGAGGCCGAAGCAGUAAACAUCGAGGAAACGAGUGUGAGAGUCGGCGCAUCAAACUCCGAACUCGCCCAUGUCGAUCUGCACUAUAUUGAGCCGACGUAUGGCUACAAACAUAUGGUUGGACACCGGUACUCCCUCGCAAACGGCCUGUACCAGGGCUGCCUUAAGCACAGCGACAAGAUCACUUUCCACUUUGGCACGUCCGUGACUGAGGUGCACUCUUUUGGGCGCGGAACGCAGCCAAAGCCCUCAUUCACCGUAACGCCACGGGACUCUUCGAAACAGCCCUAUACCGUGCACGCAGACAUUCUUCUCGGCGCGGAUGGAAUCAAAUCCGUGACGCGCGUCGCGAUGCUCAACGACCUCGCCAUCUCACCCGUCCCCGCGGUAAAAGACACAAACCAGGCCGCGUACCGGAUCAUGAUUCACAAGGAUCAGAUUGAGUCUGACCCCAACGCAGAUCCAGAGCUGAAAGCGUUGCUGGCCAGCAAUAAGGUUGUGCGGUGGAUUGGCGAGAAGAGACAUAUCAUUGCUUACCCGGUCUCUAACAACACAAUUUACAAUCUGAGCACCACGCAGCCGGAUACAAAUUUCGCGGCUGCCACGAAUGCCACCUACACGACGAAGGGUUCGAAGAGUGCGAUGUUGGGCGUGUUCGCGGAUUUCUGUCCGCUUGUUCAGCGCAUGCUGAAUUAUGUUCCUGAGGGGGAGGUUUGUGAGUGGAAGCUGCGCACACAUGAACCUUUGCCGACCUGGGUGGACGGGUGUACGGCGCUGGUGGGUGAUGCUUGUCAUCCGACGCUGCCGCAUCUGGCGCAGGGCGCGGCCCAAGCGAUUGAGGAUGGGGCUGUGCUGGCUGUUGUGCUGAGCAAGCUACCGAGUACAGAUACAGAGAGCAUCAACAAGGCAUUAAAGGUGUAUGAGAUGGUGCGCAAGGACCGGGCAUACGCGCUUGUUGAGUUGGCCGCUGCGAGUGGGCGGGCGCUGCAUCUGGGCGAGGGAGCGGCGAAGGAGGAGCGUGACAAGCAGUUUGCGGCACUUAAGGCGGGCAAAGGCCCUGUGCCGGAUAAGUGGGCAGACGCGGAUGUGCAGAGGGAGAUUUAUGGGUUUGAUUGCAUCAAAGAGGCGGAGCAAAUGUUCGAGGAGUACUUUGGGGCUGCGGCUGCGACUGCGACUGCGUAG